UCAACAUCCGAUUCGCUUGCGACCACGAGGUCGUCGGCCACACAGCGCACAUUAAUUUCCUCGUGACAAGGUCACAUCCGACCAAUGAGCUAACGGUAUCGGGCGCAGUGAGUCCUUAGUCAACUUACCAAGUCGACCACAUUGAGAUAAAAAACGAAGCGGUGAAAGUGGUGCAAGCAAGAUGAUUGCAGGCAGAACGGUUGUUUUCGGUGCCUCCGUCCGACCAGAGAGGAUGAAUGACAGGGUGCUAAAACUAGUGGAGCAAAGAUUAAAACUCAAAGGUCAUGAUGUGGAUAUCGUCGGUAAGUAAAUCUGUCCACUUUUACAAGUGCCUUGUCUAUGUUAUUUCCAAAAGUUUUACUGAAUCAUAAAUGCCAGUUAGAUGUUUGCUACCAGGUUCAUCACUGAGGGCAGGAGGGAGCAAAUGGAGAUUGUUAACACUUCGUCGAAGGUAGUCUGUUAGGGAAGCAGUAAAUUCGUGAAGAAAAUAAUCAUAUAUUUUCCAUCAGGUUACUGGGCCAAUUCAACAGUAUGUGAGAUGAUAAUUGUAAUGGCCAAAUUCACUUGGUGAUAAAUAACGCCGGUGACACAAGUCUGCUUCCCUCGAAGUCAACUUCGGUAAAACAAAAGAUGACACGUACUUUACUGCGAUUACCCAAUGCCAAUGAAAAUUAGCGUGUCCAUAAAGAUUUCUCUUACUGUGCCAUGUUUCAGACCCAAAAAAGUUGCAGCUUCCGAUGUUGGAUAUCCCAUAUGCGUACCACCAAGAUCCUCCGCGACAGGCUCCAGAGAAAAUUCGCGAUUUGGUUAAGAGAGUUACCGCUGCAGAAAGACUGAUAGUCACAACUUGCGAAUACAACCGCGCAAUUCCACCAGCACUAUCAAAUCUCAUUGAUUAUCUGUCUCAUGCCUCGUUGGCUUUCAAACCAACUGGUAUUGUGUCUUACAGUUUGGGUGCAACCGGAGGUAUCGUGGCUUCUACACAGCUCCGUUCGUUGCUAGCUGAAUUAGGAUGUGUCGUGGUCCCAUGUUCGGUGACAAUACCCAGCGUUGGAAAACAAAUUGAGUGGCCUUCAUGUACAGCGGAUCAAUCACUGUUGAGCAACAUCGAUCUGGUCAUUGAACAAGUGGAAUAUUUAAGCAAAGCAUUCCAAUCCUAUCGUACCACUACAUCAGUUGCACCACCCAAGGUGCAGGGAUAUUUGUAAAAUUGGCCUCUGUUAUUUUGACAGUGACUAUAUUCAAGUUUGACAUUUGAACUUUUCUGGUAUUCCUCUCAUUUCUUAUAUCUCGCUGAACUCUUGCGCCUCAUUAUUUAAAUAAAUAUGAGUAAAACCGAUAGUUGAUUGAUAAACAUACAGUUAUUUCUGCG